ACUUCUUAUAUAUACCAAAAUGUUACAUGCUGUAUACUAAAAUAUUGGAAUCAACUAUUGGAAUAAUAUUUGCAAUUUCUCGUUUCUCGUUAUUUGUUUUUAUUUCAUUAUCAGUUUCUCUUAUCUACUAUUCGUUUAAUUUACCCUGAUGAAUUAUUCGUUUUUAAAAAGCUUCCAAAUAAUUUAGUAGAUCGUCAUUAUAUUUUCAACCAACUAAUUCUGGUUUUUUGAUUUGGAAUGCUCUUGUUCGAUUCUUCGGUUUCUUACCAGUCUUUCGUUUUUUUUUCUAGGGAGCUGAUGGUGCCUCAUGUAAUUGAUUGAUUGUGGUCUGUUAGCUGCUUGCCUUCUUGAUCGAAAAAAACGUUAUGAGAUAUUUCGUAUUGCAUCCUUAGCGAAACAUUUUUCAUGAGAUUGAAACCUAAGCACAGCACACCGGUGCCGGUUUGAAGUUGUCUAGAGAUGUUGUUUAGAAACGAAAUGAUAUACACACAAUAUGGCCAGCAGUAUCUUUUGAACUAAAUUUCGACUACUACUAGCGAACUUUUGUAUGAUUUGACUUCUCCGUGUCUUAGGUAUUUCUUCUUUUUAGUGUUAACGAUCCUUCUUGCAAGAAUGUUACGUUAUAGUUUGCUUGUUUGGUGUUUUUUACUUACCUUUCCUUGGUUUGUUUGUUUUCAUACACCACUGUUGGAAGUGUUUCUUUCGGUUAUGUGAAACAAAGAACAAUAAUUAUAUCAAUCACGAUAUGGGUGAUUAAAACUAUAACAAAACACACGAAAUACAAACUCUCCUUCAAAUAAACAGCCUGAAAGCGAUACAAAAAUGCGCUAAAGUUGCUUCUCUGCCAUAUACGAUUGGACUGUUAUUGAAUCCUUGUUUUCUUAGAUGAUAAUUGGACACGAAUUGUUUGAUGGAAAGUAGUGAUCUUAACAUAAAAUCAAAUUUACAACAUGAACGACUACUGGUAAAUGUGUUUCAAUGGGAGGACUCCCUGGGUCCAUGGGAGGUUAGCGCAUCAUAAUGGUGACAGUAGCUAGCGUGAAACUAGUAGCUUGAAAACGCAUUUGACUUAAAAAGAAAAGAAUACACUUUAGAUUAUACCAAGAAAAUCAAAAUAUAAACUUUACUAUUCGAUAAACGCUGUGAAAUCUAUUCAUGUUGAUUUGCUUGAAGCACAUUUUGGUAUUCCAUACUACAUUCUUUUACAACGAACAUGUGCUAUCGUUGUGAUCAAGUGACAUUUUUAUACUGCAAAACGUACCGAUCUUAUGUUUGGUAUUGCGAUUGUUUCAAAUAGUUCAAAGUCAGUGCGGCCGUCGUUUUGGUAAACUUUUUUUCCGAGUGAGAAAUGUUUCGAUCGUUUGCAUCUUUGGUAGACAAUUUGUUUGUGCGAUUCAGUACAACUGCUCAUCGAAGGCAUUUAUUAGUUUAUCUUUACCAUAUUGGCAUCAUUAAUGACACUUGAUUGUUUACCUUUUACUUAUAUACUUAUCUCCGUUCACACUAGCUGUAUCCAGUCUACCCAUAAGUGACGGGGUGUGACUUUUCAAAUUUGGAUUUUUGUUUUGAUUUAUGAAAUAUAGCAGAACAAAAACAUUGAUAAUUGCAAGCAAAUAAUUCGAUAGUGGCUUUAUUAUUUAAAAUAAAAUCCUUCAUGAUUAAUGAUCUGCAUGGUUACGUGAGGAAUGUUUAGGAUAAUUUUGGACUUAAGACUUGACACUUCUCUUCCCACUUCUUCCUCUUGGUACUAAGAUUACUACCAAUAUCAAUCGAAACGAUUGCCAAUCGCCGUUCCCUAGCUAACGCAUCCGUACGAACUAUAAUGAUAAUGAAUGAAGAAGAAAAUAUCUAAAAAUUGUCUACUUUAAUACUUUUUUUCUCUGUACAUCAUUUCCUCUUCUUUCGAUGCUAAACUGUUUAGUUCUCAUUUCUGCUACAACUUUCUAUCUUUCUUUCCCUUUUCUAUUCUCCCACGUACUAUGUUUACUUUGCUGUCAUAAUCUCUUUCUCUAUUUUACACCUUCCUGAAUGGAUCUUAACGUAUUCCUUAUUGAUUUUUUAAGGUUAGCUAUCGUCUCGAGAAUCGCUCAGUGAUUGACGAAUUUGAAGCACCAACAUGGUUGACCUGCGGCAUAUGGAUGAAAAGUCGGGAAGUAACAUCGUAGACGUCGGGGUCGAUCUGUCCGAGUUUUACAUGUCGGUCGAGUGGGAUAUCUUGGAAGUGCCCGCUGUCAGGAACGAAAAGUUCUACACCUGCUGCGAUGAGCCGUACUUGGAUAUCACGUUCAACAUUACCAUGCGCCGAAAGACGCUGUUCUACACCGUCAACAUCAUCAUCCCGUGCAUGGGCAUAUCGUUUUUAACCGUGCUGACGUUCUACCUACCUUCGGACAGUGGCGAAAAGGUUACGCUUUCGAUAUCGAUUUUGAUUAGCCUUCACGUGUUCUUUUUGCUGGUAGUCGAAAUCAUACCGCCAACGUCGCUAGUUGUGCCUUUGUUAGGGAAGUAUCUCAUCUUUGCCAUGAUACUUGUGUCCAUUAGUAUAUGCGUCACGGUAGUGGUGUUGAACGUUCAUUUCCGGUCACCUCAAACUCAUCGAAUGGCACCGUGGGUGAAAACAUUUUUUAUCGACUUUUUACCACGAUUCCUGUUUAUGAAGCGGCCACCGUACAUCGAAAACCACAGAAAACUGCUAUCCAAAGACCUACACGCUUGCUUUUAUCCUUAUUACUCGACUACUACAUUAAAUCGUAUAGCUCGUUUUACUAAUAGGGCUCCAUCUAAAGAAGAUCUUUCUCCGUCAAGUUUGUCAGGUACGGGCCCGUUCGGUGGAAGCUGCCAGAUUCACGGACCGAUUCAGCUGCCCCAUUCGGAGUCGGAGGAGCUGUCGAUGUCGACGGCGGCCGAUACGGCCGUCCCGUCCGGUAUCAAGAGUCCCGCGUUCAAGCAGCCCGCCUUCUCACACUCCGUCUGCUCGACCGAGGUGCACCGCAGCUGCUUCUGCGUGCGGUUCAUCGCCGAGCACACCAAAAUGCUGGAAGACUCGACAAAGGUAAAGGAAGACUGGAAGUACGUCGCCAUGGUGCUCGAUCGACUGUUUCUGUGGAUCUUCACGCUGGCGGUGCUGGCCGGCACGGCCGGUAUCAUACUGCAGGCACCGACGCUGUACGACGACCGGAUACCGAUCGACAAGACGUUUGACGAGUUGGCCACAUCGACCGUCGUGCGCUGUCCCCCGCAAUAACGCUCGCCGGCACUGUUGCAGCUACCGGUCGGCUUCAGUUUCGGGUUCGGGCUGCUGCUCGUGUGUGCCGCCGCCCUCAGUAGCUGCCUUUUCAUGUACGCCCGGCUGCGGGUCGCACGGUGCAGCCAGCCGGCCAAACCGAGCCUGCACCUGGACGUGGCGAAGCAGGUGGGCGGCAUGGUAGGAACGAACCGCCACCAUCACCACCAGGAACCAAGCUGUGUGGCGGUAGAGCGGUGAAGAGUGUAGCCUGUCCACCGGAGUGUCUGUCAUGCAGUCGUUUAACUCUGCCAUCCUGGCCUUUCCUCAGCAAUCUAGCAAACAACCGAACGCUAGACCGUCAGUCAUCUAGAGGGCACUCCACACAGCUCCCGGCAACAGUUGUAGCACGGGAUAAGUUUUACUGGCCAUUUUGCGUUCAUCUUUCACUACCGGUACGUACCACGACCGAUUGGCACGGAGUGUUUCAGCGAGCAGGCAGGGACACGCACGGCCGAUCGCUGUGUGUACUGAACGCCACUGCAGUUUUUAGCUUAUUUCGACUGUACAUAUUUCACACGGUGACAUGUGACACGACUCUGCGAGGAGAGGCGGCAUGAAAGCAUCGAAGCGCGCAUUAAAGCAAGCAUAUAACAGCCGACAAAAUUUAUCAGCAAAAAAAAAAGGUAGAUAACUACACUCACAUCCGUAAGCAUAACAAAACACACACGUCAAACAGUAUUAUAUAGAUACAGAUAAUAACUACAAGAGUUAACAUUUAAGAGUAAGGUUUAAACGAGUAGAAUUUUUAUGUCUAUAAAGAAUAAUACCAAACAAAAAAAAAAGAGAGGGAGACAAGAGCAAGAGAAAAACGGGACAAGUGAAAUGCAAUAUUUUUUUAUCGAACUAUGCACAAAAAAGCAAAAAAAAAAAUUGCCCCUUGCCGGAAACUUUUCUGGGCCAGAUUUGACAGCGGACAAGCUUCAUUUUACACACGUGACGUAGGAAACAUGUAACGGAAAAAAACAAACAAACAAAACAAAUUAUUAAUACAAACACUGCUGACACAAAUUUCGGAUAUUUCUUGAAAAGAGAAACCGGUUAGAGCGCAAUAGAGGUGUAUAACCAAUAAUCGAAAAACAAAAAGAGAUCUACAAAAGAAAAAAGAUAGAGCGAGAGAGAGAGAGAGAGAGAGGAGCAGAAGAUAACAUCACAAAUGGCUUACAUGAGCAUGAAAACAGCAGAAACAAAAACCUAUAUCGGGAAGCAUUAUUGAAACCAGCAAACGCAGAAGGUAACAAGCAAAGAUAAAAGAUAUUUAAAACGGGAAGGAAAAGGGAAAACAACAAACAGGUAUCAUAGUUUUAAACGGGAGUAAAGAAAGAAGAAAAAAAAAACACAAGGGAAACGUUUAAUGGGAAAAACGAUUAAAAAUCAGUAUAAUAAAAAAAACGAUAGGCAAACAAAAUAGGACAACUGCUGUUGCUGUUAUGUGGUUAACAAAAUUUAAACGAAAAAAAACGUGGUAGACACAAAUGUUUAGAUCCACCUUAUUCCAAAUAUGUUACGUCUAGCGUAGUAUCUUGUAACCGGCGUAAUCAUGCGUACAUCAUAGCAAAAUUGGUGCGAAAUGUGUUAAGUUAGAGAUUGUUCUUUUAUAUACUGUACUGUCUAAGUUCUAGUACCCAUGUAUUGUGUGCCGUUGACUUUUUAAACCCCAUGUGUGUAUGUGAGUGUGUGUGUGUGUUUGCAAGUGUUUUUUAAGUAGAAAUGCCACGAACCACGAAAACUCAAUAAUCCGAUGUAAUAGGAAAUACAAAGUGAAAGGGUAAAAUUCCUAGUGAGACUAUGUUAAAAGUAAACCAAACAAAAAACGCACACACAAACGCAUACAAAAAAACACACACACACACAAAUACAUUGCCACACAGAGGAAGGAAGCGAGAAGGGAAAAGGUAGCUUUAAAGCAUACAACGCAACACAAAGAAUCUUGCUCAAUUAAUACGCUACACUUGUUGUACCGGUUGCAUAGUGGGAAAUAGUAAGUGUCGCGCCUAACAGGCGCCGAGCGCUAGUACUACCCUUAAGACUCUUUCCCCAAUCAGUUUCCACUUAGGUCGGUCGGCUCUGGCUCGUCAGUUAGACGUUGGUUUUUGGUGAGUGUGUAUGUCGAACCGAAGGCCCCGGGCCUGAUUGCGGAGCGACUCGUUUAGAUUGCGUCGAGAGGGAAUGCUGAGGGAGAGAGCGUUAAAACUACGACAGCAACAACAAAAUACAAUGAAAAACACAUACUGCCAGCGAUUAAUAGCAUUGUGAGAACGAAGGAAACGUUGUUUUUUUUCUAGAUGCACCUAUAAUUGCCGUUUCGUUUGGCACGCGCGCGCGCGUACACGCGUUUAGCAGCAGGAGUGGGUUUAGAGUGGGGCAAGAUGGUGGCAAAAAAUCAAGCUCAAGAUAGAUACAUUUGUGAUUUCGUACCUUGGACAGUUAACAGUGUGGGACAAGUUGUAUAAUUUUAACAUGGUUUUUAUAGCUUAAUUAAGGUGAUUUCGAAAACAAUCUUCACGGACUGUAGCCAACCAUCGAUAGUUGUCCACCGCUCAAUAUAUGGUUAACAAAGGUUAAGGGACAUCGAUCUGGCCGUCGGUGUCGUUGCGCUUUUAGUUUAGUAAACGGAACGCUUCAUUCUCGUGCGUUACUACGCUCUAUUUGUCGCCUUAGUAAGCAAUCAUUUGUGCAUCUGCAAGAGAAAAAGAGAAAGAGAGAAAGAGAGAGAGAGAGAGAGAGAGAGAGAAAGAGAGAAAGAAAGAUAGCAACAUGAGGAAGAGAUAUAGAUAGAGCGAUAGAGAGAGAGAGAGAGAGAGAGAGAGAGAGAGAGAGAGAGAGAGAGGGGAAAGAUAGAAGUAUAUUAUUAGAGCCAAGUGUCAUGUUGCAAUACAAAAACGAAAAGAUGGAGAGAAAACACAUUUGCAAUCUUGCUCCACUGUACUCAAGCAAUGAGGGGUGGUUUAUGUUAGUGCCGAUUUACUAAACAGACCUCAUUAGUAACACAAAGGUACAUAUUGCUUUUCUUACACGCAACGAGAACUGAGUAUUGAUAAAACCUACAACAAACACACAGAAACUAAAACAGCUGUACCCAGACUGCACGUGCUCACAUACAAACACUCAAUCAUUGGAAGCAGUGAAAUGUUUUUGUUUGUUUAUUUUUGAUUGUUUUAUAAUUCUGCAAAUAGAAAACUUAUCUUUACAGAGAGCAAAAGAAAACACAAAUCAAAUAUGUAUAACAAUUUACAAUUAGUGGAAACAAAGCACAUGGUGCUCAUUGACGUGUGAGUGCAAAAGAAAGAACAAACUGAACAACUAACGAACGAACAAACGAACGAACGAACGAACAGACGAACGAACAAACCAACAAACCAAACCAAACAAAUACUAAUAAAUUUUAAAAAAUCCCCUUAACGCAAAACCAGCUGGGCAAAUUAAAACCCUCUAAAACGCGUGAGGUUGAACGGUAGUCGUUUUCAAGCCCUCACAUACCCGCCCACCUAUCCAUCCCAUAACCAUCCUCUCCUUCCCUUUCCCUCAUUAAAGAUGUAUGUAUAAAUCGGGUAAAAUCAAACUAAACUAAACGGAAACAUAAAAUAAAGCAAAAAACACUAAGAUAAAGUAAACUAAAGUAAAAGUAAACGACAACAGAAGCUGAAACACGCGCCCGCGCCCACACACAAACACAGCACGUAAUUCAUGGUUAACAGAAACAAAUAAAUCAACAACAACAAAAAUUGGCACUCUUUCGAGUGUGCGUGCGUGCUAGUGUGUGUUGGUGUGUGUGCGUUGGCUAUGAAUGAUAACGGCAAACAACAACAACAAAAAACAACAACAACAAUAAAAAGGCAAAACAUCGUAGUAAUUGCAAAUAAACCGGCAUGACGUUUCGUGUAACAAAAAA